GGCAGACCGGGGCCAGCCGGAGUAGGCGCAGCCGGAGUUUGCAGACGCUGCCUUGGAGCGCCAUCCCCGAGAAGACUCCCUGCCUCCGGAGUCCCAAAAACACGAGGUCGUUCUCUUAUUUCAGCAGCUGGGCACAACUUCAGAGCUGGGAAAGGGUGAUUUCAAGGCCAAGAAAGAAGCAAGAACUCUCACCACAACCACAUUUCAAAAGGAAUAUAUUGCCAGAAAUUGGAAUACUUUUUGGACAAACAUUCCUCCAAGGGGGACGGAGCCCUCGGCCUCCAUGUCGCCACCUUCAAAGGACUGACUUCUUCCCUCCGUGGAGCCAGCUCCUGCUGCCACCAUGGGCCCCGCGGGCAGCCUGCUGAGCAGCGGACAGAUGCACGUGGUCCUGUGGGGCAGCUUGGCAGCCAUCGCCACUUUCUUCCUCAUCACCUUCCUCAUCUUUCUGUGCUCUAGUUGUGACAGAGAGAAGAAGCCCAGACAGCACAGCGGGGACCAUGAGAACCUGAUGAACGUGCCUUCAGACAAGGAGAUGUUCAGCCGCUCGAUAACUAGCCUGGCAACAGACGCACCUGCCAGCAGCGAGCAGAAUGGAGCCCUCACCAACGGCGACAUUCUUUCAGAAGACAGUACCAUGACCUGCAUGCAGCACUAUGAGGAAGUCUUGACUUCGGCCUCGGACCUGCUGGACUCCCAGGAUAGCUCCGGGAAGCCAAAAUGCCAUCAGAGCCGGGAGCUGCCCAGAAUCCCACCUGAGAGCACCGUGGACACCAUGCUCAAUGGGAGAAGCGUGGAUGGAGACCAGGGGCCCGGCAUGGAGGGGCCGUAUGAAGUGCUCAAGGACAGUUCUUCCCAAGAAAACAUGGUGGAGGACUGCUUGUAUGAAACUGUGAAGGAAAUCAAGGAGCUGGCUGCAGCCACACAGCUGGACAGAGGCCACAGCAGCAAGUCAAAGUCUAUGUCCACCUUGACAGAACUCCCAGGGCCGCAAACUGAGGGCAAAGCAGAGUUUGCUGAAUAUGCCUCUGUGGACAGAAACAAAAAGUGUCGCCAAAGUGUGAACGUGGAGAGCAUCCUUGGAAAUUCAUGUGAUCUGGAAGAGGAAGCCCCACCUCCUGUCCCCGUUAAACUUCUGGAUGAGAAUGAAAACCUUCAGAAGGAAGAGAGAGGGGCAGGGGAAGAGCAAGCCCCAGCAGGGACCAGUGAAGCCAAUAAGAGAUUUAGUUCAUUGUCAUACAAGUCUCGGGAAGAAGACCCGACUCUCACAGAUGAAGAGAUCUCAGCCAUGUACUCAUCAGUGAAUAAACCUGGACAGUCAAUGAAUAAGUCAGGACAGUUGCUUAAAGCACCAGAGUCUACCUACACCUCCAUUCAGGGGGUCCCUCAGAGGUCACCCUCUUCUUGUAAUGAUCUCUAUGCCACUGUUAAGGACUUCGAGAAGACGCCAAACAGUGUAAGCACACUGCCAGCAGCAAGGAGGCUCAGCGAGGAGCCAGAGCCCGAUUAUGAAGCGAUACAGACUCUUAACAGAGAAGAGGAAAAGUCCACCCUGGAGACCCACGAUCACCCGGGUCUCGUUCCAAAGGAGAACGACUACGAGAGCAUCGGGGACUUGCAGCAGUGCAGAGAUACCACCAGGCUCUAGCAACCCAGAGGACAACUCCAGGUAGACGGUGGUCAGCAGGUGGGGACGUUUCUUCCAUGGAAGGUCAGGAUGGACAUAAACCUAUACUUGAUAUGCUGCUUUAGUAGGCUGAAGACAAUUGGAGAUGCUGUGAUGUUUUCUCCAGGUUCUGAAACAGUGAGGUACGUUGCUGCACCAGAGGGUGCACCUGCCUCUGGGGGAGAUGGGCACACCUGGGCUCGUCUCCAUCCUGCACCCUCCACCUCUGUGAAUGGCCCGACUGUCAGUGGUUUUAUUCUGUUAGGAAGAAAGCCAACUGACCAGGAAAACCUGCUUAAAAUACUGCCAUUCAGAAGAGCCAGGAUUUCCUUCCUCUCUACUGUCUGCUAUUGACUUUAAAAUGUAUGACUUUUUGGUCCCCCGAAGUUGUCUAAUUUUAUGGUUCUUUCCAAGAAAAUUCUCCCCCAAGACUUGGCCUUUGCCUUCCACAUACUUAUUUUAGGAUUGGGAGAAACUGGGGCUGCUGGUUACUGUCCAGCUCACCAGUCCUCCACAAAGAGCCACAGUGUCAGUACCUGGGAAUCGAACCCUGCAGGUGAACAGGAUUGAACAGGGACAUCCCUCGAGUCUCUUAGGACUUUAUUCCUUUAUAUUUGGCACUCGGCAUCAGCAGUCUUUCCCCUAACGUACUUGAAGUCAGUUUUAGAUGCUUUAUUUUAUUUUUCUAGUUAAAGUGUUUUCUCUCAACCCCAGUGUUUGGAAAUUCUUCAUAGCCUUUUCAGUAUCUGUAAUGGAUAUUAUGGUACUUCUGUAUACUUGUUUAAGCCCAGAGCUCAUUCCUUCAAAACAGAGAGCCUUAAUCUUUAUGUUGAGACACAGACCAUAAAUUUGGCCAGCAGCAAUGGCAUCUGAAGAGCUGUGGGGUGUGAAUGGGUGUUUCCAAUGAUCUCUGCUGUCCACACCAUAGUGUGGGGUUUCCUAAAUUAACUGCUACCCUAAGGUAAUCCAAGAUUAAAAUGUAAACAUUUAUUUUUGUUAUAUAAAUUUAUAAGAUGUUUUAUGUUUAAUGCCUAAUUUCUAGAAAGUGCCAGGAAAAAAAUGUAUAUUAACUAUUUCGAUUUUAUGUACAAUGAUUUAUACUCAUUUUGAAAAGACCACAUAAAGCACAUAAGCUAUAUUAUAAGUAGUUCUCUUUUUGCUAAGUGUUUAAAACAUUGAAGAUUUUUAAAGAUUCGACUUUUCCAUUGGUACUUGGGGCUCCUAGUCCAAAUCACCUAGACCACUGGAGAAAGAAGUGGAAAUAAAUAUAAUCACUUUUCAGUGGUGCGUGAUGGGCAGUACUGAAAUAUCUGAAGUGGUAACAAUGGAAAGAACAAAAUAUGAUGAGGGAUGAUGGUGAAUUAUGAACUUCGUAGAAGCAUCAGAAUUCCAUUAAGGUUUAAUUAUAUCCUUAGGAAGACAGUGAUGAACUCUGCAUUCCGGUCCUUGCCAUUGCAGAUUGCCUGUUGGAAUUUUUUCCCUUCAUUUUACAAAACCAAGUGGCUAAAGGAACUCACAUUAAGAGCUCAGCCUGGUUUGAAUGUAAUCAUCUCAUUAGAUCUUAUACGACCAAUGUUGGAAAACUUGUCUACUUUCAUUUUACAAGGUACCUAGUGGAAGUGCUAGUAUAAAGACUGAGGUAUGGAAAUAGACUUCUCCUAUGCUGAUAAGGGCAAAACAAACAAACAAACAAAGCGGCAAUUAUGCCACGCCACUAUGGCACCUGGGACUUCAAAGAGUUUAGGAUCUUGCUGUUUUCCCUUGUUAGGACAAGGAAUGCAGUUGGGAGGGUGAAGGAUCUUGAAAACUGUGGAGACCAGCCCACCAACAUGCGUUUCACCCCAUGGCUUUGUGGCUGCCCUUUAUUACAUUACUGAAAUUAUGACAUGAGCUAUGUCAGGGUAAACUGGUUGGUCAUCAUUAUUUUUCAGUCAGCCUAGUCUCUCCCACGAAGAUGUCACGUGCAUGAGCACGAUCAUCAUUGACUGGAAGAUGAUAGCAGAACACACUUGGAUUAAUGAGAAGUUUGACAGGAAAAGGCAAGGCACUACCCCUCUUACUCAGACCGUUCACAAGCACUGCUUGGCUAAUGACUUUCACCAUUUUCUAUGAAUGAGUUUGACCCAACAAUCUCUCAUAUCACAGGGUUCCUUUAAUACGGGUAAGAACCACGUCACGUAUCACACCUAGCAUGGUGCAUGCUGUGGUAACAUCGUUAUGGGCACCUUAUCUUCCCAUAGUUUUAUUGCAUUUCAUGUCUUAUUACCAGGUGUGCUCUCUGAAGUGUAAAAACUCUUCUAGAGAGCAGCUCAUUAUAAAUAGCCAUGCCAUCUCGAAAUUUCAUGAUUGGAAUUUCCACCAGAAGUUUUCAAAUGUAGUCUAUGCAGUAUAGCCAUAAGAUAUACACUGAAGUAACUCAAUUUGAGAAUGAGUGGUAAGAACAAGUUGUGAGAGGAAGUAUUUUAAGCGUACUUUCAAAGGAACUCUAAGGCCCUCCAGCAAAAAAACAUAAAAGAUUAAAUAAUAGCACAGUCCAGGAAGGAUGGGGCAGGGGAAGAGGACUAUGCUCUUUAGAGCAUUGGGUGCUUUAUUGAAGUAUGGUUAUUGGUGUAGCAUCACUGUUUUGACUUUAUAGUUCAGGUUUUCAUAAAUUUCAUCCUUUUUACCUUGUUCAAAAAUCUCUGCUUAACUCUUUGAGUUGAAAGUUUCAUCUGAAGCUAAAGCCUACAGAAUUUAAACAUAUGAAAGAUUUAAAGAUUUAUGCUAUGUGUAAAACUGGACUUUGAUAUCCAUAUUAUGCAUCUUGCUAAAAUAAUCUAAGCCAUGUGAAGUUAUGUGAAAGGAUAAAUUUAGGACUCCUUUUGUCCCAUAAAUCAGAAUUGUAUCUAUCUUGGCUAAAAGAAAGAUCUUUGUUUUUAUUCAGAUAUUUUGAAAGUUUAAAGGCAUUUUUAUGCUGCUUUAAAUAGUUCUCAGUUAUAGUCAACAGCAGCGUGUAAUCUGUUUUAGGAAAUCAGACUCUAGAAUAUUUUCAAAUAGGUUUUCUACAUAUAUUGUUUUUUUCAAUCCUGAACUAAAUUACAUUGUUAGCUUUGUUAAAGCUUUUAAGAUACCACUAUUUGUGGGGAAAAGGUUAAUUACUGAUUUAUCUGCCCUCAAAAUCCCAGAAUUCUAAAUGCGUGCUAAAUUAACAAUAAAUAGCUAACACAAAUAACUAAAACAUAACCUCAAUAUAUCCCUAUAUGUAUUUGUCUUAUUUCAAUUUUGUUUUCCUAAUUAGAGCCUUUACUUACCUUAAUAAACUUACAUGUGUAUGUAGGUGCGUGUAUAUAUACACAUAUACAUAUAUGUAUAUGUGGUUGUCUCUGGCCCUCUCUGGUGCUUAAUUAGAAUAUAUUCUCUUAAAUUUUGAAUAUUUACCCUUCUCUUGUGAUGAACUCUUGUCAUAAAAGCAGAAUAAAUAUGGUCCUCCAAUAGUUUCCAUGUAGUAAUUAUAGGAAAACCUCUGCAGUCGCCCUUAUUUGUUCUAACUAAUACAUUCUGAUUUUCAAUUAUGUUCAUUAUUCUCUUGGCUGCGAAACAGUGGUAUCUAAGCUAGCUGUGUUAUACAUGUGACUCCCUUCACAUCCCACUGAGAAGAGGAGAUGUAAGGAGGGGUACUUCCCAGGAAGUAUUUGAGAAGAGGCUUGGCCUAAAGCAACGAGAGAGAGAGAGAGAGAGAGAGGGUUACCAUCCGCUAGGACACUGCCAAGGCAAGGUAGCCUCUUGGAUAGCAGCAGCUGCUUAACACAUGGGAGCAUUCUCUGUCAUUCCUCUAAGAAUCAAGAGGUUUUACAGAAGAAGCGACAAGCCAUGAUGUGCAAAGAACUGCUCUGAGAUGAAGCCAUGGCUGUAAUUGCAGAGCCUCAGUUGGAGACUGAAGUAGGAUUUUUGUAAAUGAGUAAGUGACUUGUCAGUGCUCCUUGUAAUAGUUACUAUGAGUCCGUGUGAGCGACUCUUCUUCUAAAAGUGUUUAUUUCUGGUACUCUGCCAGCUGAGCUGUGACUGCUGGAAGCACCAUUGGUACUGAUGGUUAUUUCCUGGAAAUCUUGACAGACUUAUUGUACUGUGUAACUGAAAAAGUUUAAGUGUAAUGUUUGCUGUUAAUAAAUGAUGGAUGUGAAAAUAGGAACAUGUGUCUAUGCUAUCAAAUAUGGCUUUAUUUGCUGUGAAAUCUAAAUUCCUUAUCCUGCAGUAGUAGUUUCAUACUCUGAAUUACAUCUGUUCUUAAAUGUAUUAUUCCUGACAGUAGUUGAACACACUUAACUGAAAAUGUUUUACUUAAACAGAUCAGUCCAGAAACCACAAGAAAUUACCAUCUUUAUCUGAAAUUACCAAAUUAAAUUUAAAAAUCAUGGUCCAGAAGAGAACAAGCAUUUGUGUGUUUUAUCCUUCUGCUAUUUUUAAAUCUAUAGUUACGUUUGAUCUCUAAUAUCUGUGAAAUAUCUCAUUGUUUUUCUCCAACUUCUUUUAUUUAACUGAGAAAUAGUUCAAAUUGCCUUAAUGUAAGAUGAAAUGAGAAAUACAGUGUAAGUUUUGAAUGCAAUGUUUUAAAAGCACUCAAUUUGGUAAUUAUUUAUCUUACUACAGUAAGUUUUCUUUGUCACUUAAAUACUAUGGGUAUUUUUCAAAAAUGUACUGUAUUCUGCCUCACAUCACCAUGGAUAAUAUUGCAAAGAUUGACAAUUGUCAUUUCUCAGACUGCUUUAUGUUAAACUGGCACCAGUGAACUGUUUUAUUGUUACCUUUUAAAUGAUUGUGUUGUAUUAACAUGCCUCAUGUCUUCUGGGAAAGUUUGAAAUAUAUCGCUGAGCAAACAAAAGUCUACAAA